UCCUCAAUUCUACUAAGCAGCUAUCUCUUCUCUCUAGCAACUCAAAACUAAUUAUUAUCUACCACUGCUACUCUCUUUCUAUUAUUAUGGAUCAUAGAUAUCAUGACUCUUCUGAGACUCUCAGGAACAAGUGUGCAGCUUGCUAUAGGCAGUUCAACAAAAAGGAGCAUCUAGUGGAACACAUGAGAAUCUCUUAUCAUUCAGUUCAUGAGCCCAUGUGUGGUGUUUGCAAAAAGCACUGCCGCUCUUUUGAAUCUUUAAGGGAGCACCUUAUUGGGCCACUUCCAAAGGCAGAAUGUGAAAGAAUUUUCAAGGAACGAGGAUGUGAUGUUUGUUUAACAAUCCUGGGCAGCCGGAGUUCCCUACGGGCUCACAGAGAAUCCUGCAUAUCGCGUCCCAAUAAUAAUGGUUUGUUGUAUCGCAUGGCUAAUUUGGGAAUUCAAGAUGAACUAAGAAUUGAUAACAGCAGAGGGAGAGUGAUUGCCCUUGCCUGUAAGAUGGUUGGUGGUGGCAGUGAUGGAUCUUUGGAUCUUUGUGCAAGGGUUUGUCUCAUUGAUGAACAUGAAAGGAUCCUCUUUCAUUCAUAUAUCAAACCAAACCUUCCAGUCACUAACUACAGGUAUGAAAUGACAGGCAUAAGACCAGAAUAUCUGAGGGAUGCAAUGCCAUUAAGGAAUGUAUCAAGAAAAAUUCAAGAAUUCCUUUGCAAUGGAGAACCUAUUUGGCAAAUUCGUUCGAAAGGUGGAAGGUCUAGGAUUCUUGUUGGUCAUGGCUUGGAUCAUGAUCUUAAAUGUUUAGAGAUGGAGUAUCCUGCAAUAAAGAUGAGGGAUACUGCAAAAUACCCACCACUAAUGAAAACAAGCAAACUCAGCAACUCCCUCAAGUACUUGACCAAAGCUUACCUUGGGUAUGAUAUUCAAAAUGGAGUACAAGAUCCCUAUGAAGAUUGUGUGGCCACAAUGAAACUCUACAUGAGAAUGAAAUCACAAUUUCACAAAAAAGAGAAUUAUCCUCUUGCUAAUGAUCCACAAAAUAAAAAUAACUUUGCAUCAUGGAGGCAAAAUGAGCUUGAGAGGAUGACUCCAGAGCAGCUGUUGGAUUUCUCAAGGUCUGAUUAUUAUUGUUGGUGUUUGGACUCACAAGAUUAUUAAUAUUAUAGUAGACGAAAUGAUGGGAAAAUAUUGAUGGAGAUAAAGCAACAAUAUUGGAUGUGUCAUGAAUUCUUAUAUAUUAGUUGAGAUAUAUACCCGAGAAUUCAAAUGAUAUCAUUCAUGGAGAAAAUUUAGUAUAUUUGUAUGCCUACUAUUGCUAAUGUAAAAUUUAAUUCUGGUUGAAAUAAAAUAAGAACGAUCAUCACUUCUAUAUUUGACGAAA